UAUGUUUGAAUAUUUGGCAGCGUAAAAAAAGCGUUCAAAAAAAAUUCGUUGCCAAACUAUAAUCAUUUCGAAUUUACAUUCGGACGGGCGAACGACAUCAAGAUCAAGGCCUAUGUACAUUCAUAUGUGAAUAGAAAAGCGACAGAAGAGCAUAUUGAAAGCGGAAGUAGCGAACGAGCAUGUUUUCUUAUUGGUCUAAAAAAGUGAAUAGGACAACUGGAGAGAAGGCUGCGUCGCCGACUGGUCUCAAAUCAUUGGAGCCCUUGGAGAAAAAUGAAGCUGAAAAUAUGGAUGUGACAACAAAGGAGACAAACGUGUUGCAAUCGUCAUCAUCAGAUGAACGACUGCAGGAGUUUCAAGAGUUUUUAAAACGUCUGGAAACAAUGCAAAUGUCAUCAUUGUCAACGCAGCCGGUUAUCUACAACAAAUUAAUGAACCCGACAACGUAUCAUCAUGAACAGCGUCAUGCUCACUCGAGUCCAGGUAUUGAGCUCGGCGUUGAGCCAUCUACAUUAAUGGAACUUGAUGAGCUUUACAGAGAUAAUAAAAUGAAGCCCAUACCAUCCACUAACAUACGUGUAACUGUGGGAAUAGAUAAGGACUUGGAAAUGAUCUUAGAAAUGGAUCCAAGUAUUGUGGAUUUGGGUAAUGUUGAAAACAUAACUGAAACCCGGAUUGUUGGCUUGCCACCACUGACGGGUGGACCCACCUUUAAAACUGUCACACCUACAUCCCGCACACAACUAAAGUUGCAAUUACAACGGGAGCAGCAACAGCAAGAGCAGCAACAGCUACAACAGCAGCAUCAACAAAUGCUGAUUCAACAACAGUUGCAACAUGCAGAAGAUCAAUCGAUGCUCAAUAUAUUUGGAAUGCAAAGAAGUACUGAGUCGGAUAUAAUUGAUAGUAAUAACACCAGUGCAUGUGGAAGUGGAGCAUCCAGUCUGGACCACUUGUCGCAACUGUCGCAAAAGGAUCGGCUGCAUCCUAUCACAUCCAAUCCCGCAACACUCAAAGUCCCUUUACCCAGUAUCGGUGUCGAUGUUCCACCUCAGGUUCUUCAAGUAAGUACUGUUCUGGAGAACCCAACAAGGUAUCAUGUUAUCCAGAAGCAGAAAAACCAAGUGAGGCAAUAUCUUAGUGAAUCGUUCAAGCCAUCACUAUGGGGUUGUCACAAUCACACGAACUUAGAUUCUAACAUUCAAAUUGCAAAUCCCUCUUCAUCAUCCACUGGAAAUCUUCAAACAUCGCCCGUUGCCAACAGGCUCGCUCAAAUGAAUGAUCGUCCCCAUAGCUUUGGUUGCGAUGCAGUAGCUGCUAAUAUAAAUCAAAAGCAAAACAAUUCUGAUGAAAAUUCAUCAUCUAUGCAAAUAUCCCAAUUCGGUCCAAAUGGCAACAGAAGGGGUACUAAUGUGUUUGAUAACCAACAUUCGUGCGAUGCUGUUCAAAAAAGCCAUCUAUAUAGCAACAAAGUAACAUCUAGUUUAAGCUCAUCAAUAACGAGCAGAAGUGCAGCCAUGUCAAAUGCAAUUCGAAACUCAAAUUACUCUGGAGCCAGUACAGCGAGUCCCAUACAAUCAACAUCCGCUCCAAUGUCCCCCAGCCUAAGCUCUGUGGCGACAAGUGCGUCAGAGCUUCCUUCGUUUGACAGCGAUGCAGAUGAUAUUUUUGAUGACAUACUGCAAAAUGAGUCUUUUAAUUUUGACAAAAAUUUUAGCUCUGAGUUAUCGAUUAAGCAGGAGCCUCAAAAUUUAACGGAUGCCGAAAUAAAUGCACUUGCCAAAGACCGACAGAAAAAGGAUAACCAUAACAUGAUUGAGCGUCGACGGCGAUUUAACAUAAAUGAUAGAAUCAAAGAGCUUGGCACGUUGCUGCCAAAGGGCAGUGAAGCUUUCUACGAAGUGGUUCGUGAUAUAAGACCCAAUAAGGGCACAAUUUUAAAGUCAUCGGUGGAUUAUAUUAAGUGUUUAAAACAUGAGGUUUCACGCCUGAGGCAAAAUGAAUGUCGUCAACGCCAAAUGGAGCUGCAAAACCGAAAGCUCAUUGCUCGGAUAAGGGAAUUGGAAAUGCAAGCCAAAUCACACGGAAUUCCAUUGCCUGACUACAAUAUUACAUCUGUAUCGGCGCCAACUCCUGCCUAUAUCAAGUGCUCAAGUCCUUCUCGUCCUUUUCCGGCGUCAGUUUCUGCUGUUCAGAGUAGGUCUGCAAUUUCCUUGAUAGACGAUGUAAGGGAAAACAAGAUAUCUGUAAUGAACUGUGGUCCAAACCUGGGUAUGAACCAAAUUGAUGAGCUAAUGGAAGACUGCAAACAUCCAGUGCAGGGCGGUGAUCCACUGCUUUCCUCGCACAGUAGCCAUUUGAUUUCAGCUCCUCAAUCGCCAGUUAACACAAGGAUACAGUGUUGUAGCUUUGGAACCAAGAGCAACUCAAUUGCAGCUCUGUACAGUGAUACAACAGAAGGUGUUAAUUUAAACGAUGGUGUCCAUAGUAAAUGUAGCUCACACUCGGAUCAUUGCCGUCGAGGAAUAACUGCUCAACAGUCGCACCAGCGCCAUCACAUAGAUGAUAAUCACACGCAUACAGCAUUUGAUAUGCUAGCUGAUUGUGAUGGUCCUGUGCAUGAUCCUUUGCUGUCAUCAUCGCAGCGAUCCCACGAAGUUGACGAUGAGCAGCACCAAUCAGUAGAUUUAUCCGCUUCUAUGAUAAAUGACUCGCUAUCCUCGCUGGUAGAUGAUGCCCAUAGCGAGCCUAUGCUUUUAGCGUCUGAUACGCUAGACAUUGACCUCUGAUCUAAUAGUAUUAUAAUACACAUUGUCCAAUGUAUACAGAUAUAAGUAUUAUUAUCCUUGGACUAAUGUCUCAAAAUCAAAAUCUUAUUUCAUUAAUUUACGAUUGCCAAUUGUUAUUGGGAGUAUGUGACGCAAAGGACACUAUGUGUUUAUAUAUGUGUACUCCUCUUUUUUAGAUAAAUAUAUCCAUACAAAUGCAUUCCAAUGGGCUUCAGUUAUCUGCAUAACCUAACAAACAACAUUGCAAUAUCUAUUGUACUUAUUAUUAUUACGUACAUACAAAAAUGCAUAUUACCUGUGUAUUAUAUUUUGUUGCAAUGUUUUUCUAUAGCAACCUAAGUUACCUCUGUUCUCAACUAUUUAUAAUUUAUGUAUAUAUAAUUUUGUUCAGUUCAAUGCAGUCCUGAAAUUCUAUUGUAUGAUUUAUUAUCGCAUGUUUAUGUUAUAAUGUUGUUGUUUUUUUUAACUGAUAGUUAUACACUAUAUCAAUUGUUCAGCCACAAGCAUGUUAUAUAU